AUGACCCUCGAGGCCUUGUCGAAAUCUCUCCUCCUCGCCGGCGUCCUUCUCGUCGUUGCCCUCGCCAUCUUUGUCACCGCUCGACAUGCUCAGCUCGUGCGUCGACGGCGCGAUAUGCCAUGGACGAGGCCGAUGCAAAACCCGCCUUCCCGCCGGUCGACAGAGUACCUCCUCUUCGUCCUCGGCUCCGGCGGCCACACAAAGGAGAUGUUGAUGAUGAUGGACGACGGCUCCUGCGACUUUGCCCACGUCCACCGCCGCUACCUCCUCUCCAGCGGUGACCACACGUCCGGCCACCAGCUGCAAGACUACGAGAGCGAGCUCGCCCGUCUGUGCCGUGCUCGCCAUGCGUCGCCGGGGAGUCACGACAGGCGCAUCGUCACGCGCGCCCGGCGCGUCCACCAACCCCUCUGGAGCACGCCCUUGACCGCCGUCCUCAGCGUCGCCGGCAUCCUCCCCGUCCUGCUGUCGCCCCCCGGCAACGAGGUCGGCCGCCGGCUGCGGUAUCCCACGCAGAUCUUCUCCAACGGCCCCGCCACGGGCUUCUUCGUCGCCCUCGCCGUCCACCUGCUCAAGAUUUUCUUCGUGGCGCCGGAGAGCAGCAUGCGCUUCGUCUACGUCGAGUCCUGGGCCCGCAUCUCGACCCUCAGCCUGACCGGCAAGCUGCUCUACUACACGGGCCUGGCCGACGCGUUUUACGUGCAGCACGACGAGGUCGCUGCCAAGUACGGCCUCGUGAAUGCCGGCGAGAUGGUCUUCAACGCGAGACGACCCGACGGGUAG